GUUUAACCCUCUCCUCUCCAGUGCGCUGUUCCCCGGACCAGUUCAGCUGUUCUAGCGGUCAGUGUGUGGGGAAACAUCAGGUCUUGUGUGUAUUUCGUUCUGACCCUUGUUGAACCCUGUCCUCUCCAGUGCGCUGUUCCCCGGACCAGUUCAGCUGUUCUAGCGGUCAGUGUGUGGGGAAACAUCAGGUCUUGUGUGUAUUUCGUUCUGACCCUUGUUGAACCCUGUCCUCUCCAGUGCGCUGUUCCCCGGACCAGUUCAGCUGUUCUAGCGGUCAGUGUGUGGGGAAACAUCAGGUCUUGUGUGUAUUUGGUUCUGACCCUUGUUGAACCCUGUCCUCUCCAGUGCGCUGUUCCCCGGACCAGUUCAGCUGUUCUAGCGGUCAGUGUGUGGGGAAACAUCAGGUCUUGUGUGUAUUUCGUUCUGACCCUUGUUGAACCCUGUCCUCUCCAGUGCGCUGUUCCCCGGACCAGUUCAGCUGUUCUAGCGGUCAGUGUGUGGGGAAACAUCAGGUCUUGUGUGUAUUUCGUUCUGACCCUUGUUGAACCCUGUCCUCUCCAGUGCGCUGUUCCCCGGACCAGUUCAGCUGUUCUAGCGGUCAGUGUGUGGGGAAACAUCAGGUCUUGUGUGUAUUUCGUUCUGACCCUUGUUGAACCCUCUCCUCUCCAGUGCGCUGUUCCCCGGACCAGUUCAGCUGUUCUAGCGGUCAGUGUGUGGGGAAACAUCAGGUCUUGUGUGUAUUUCGUUCUGACCCUUGUUGAACCCUGUCCUCUCCAGUGCGCUGUUCCCCGGACCAGUUCAGCUGUUCUAGCGGUCAGUGUGUGGGGAAACAUCAGGUCUUGUGUGUAUUUGGUUCUGACCCUUGUUUAACCCUCUCCUCUCCAGUGCGCUGUUCCCCGGACCAGUUCAGCUGUUCUAGCGGUCAGUGUGUGGGGAAACAUCAGGUCUUGUGUGUAUUUCGUUCUGACCCUUGUUGAACCCUGUCCUCUCCAGUGCGCUGUUCCCCGGACCAGUUCAGCUGUUCUAGCGGUCAGUGUGUGGGGAAACAUCAGGUCUUGUGUGUAUUUCGUUCUGACCCUUGUUGAACCCUGUCCUCUCCAGUGCGCUGUUCCCCGGACCAGUUCAGCUGUUCUAGCGGUCAGUGUGUGGGGAAACAUCAGGUCUUGUGUGUAUUUCGUUCUGACCCUUGUUGAACCCUGUCCUCUCCAGUGCGCUGUUCCCCGGACCAGUUCAGCUGUUCUAGCGGUCAGUGUGUGGGGAAACAUCAGGUCUUGUGUGUAUUUCGUUCUGACCCUUGUUGAACCCUGUCCUCUCCAGUGCGCUGUUCCCCGGACCAGUUCAGCUGUUCUAGCGGUCAGUGUGUGGGGAAACAUCAGGUCUUGUGUGUAUUUCGUUCUGACCCUUGUUGAACCCUGUCCUCUCCAGUGCGCUGUUCCCCGGACCAGUUCAGCUGUUCUAGCGGUCAGUGUGUGGGGAAACAUCAGGUCUUGUGUGUAUUUCGUUCUGACCCUUGUUGAACCCUGUCCUCUCCAGUGCGCUGUUCCCCGGACCAGUUCAGCUGUUCUAGCGGUCAGUGUGUGGGGAAACAUCAGAAGUGCGAUCACUUCACGGACUGCUCCGACAACUCGGACGAGCUGGGCUGCUGUAAGUCUACACCUAGCCCUAUUUACAUCUGA